AUGGACAUGUUGAUCAAGCGGGAAUUUUUUGAGGCUGAGAGAGACAUGGUUGGAGGUAGUAUGGAAGCAGCCAUUAGACAAGGAGAGUCUGAAGAUAAAGGUGGGUGUUCUCCUUUAUCAGUACAAUUGUUCGAGGUGUUCGGCUGUCCGACGUGCCUUGCCGGCAUGCCAGUUUCCACCAGCAUCAUUCCUCUGGUAUCAGCAUCUCUAGCAAUAACACCAAAUCCUCUAGGGGUAGCCUGUGAAACAGUAGUCUUCAAAACAGAGGGAACACUACUUAAAAUCCCAUCCUCCGCAGCUGACUCAAGCUACAGUCUGAUGGUGUGGGCUGCCGUCCCUCGAAAUAUUACCAAUGCCUGGGAGACUUUCUCGUUUCACUUCCAUUUCCUGGCUUCCAAGAUCCAGCUAAAGCUCCACCUUCUGCAGUCUAUACAAACCACAGAAUCUCAGGGGACAACACCAGCAUCAACAGCCUCCUCUGCCAGGUCUACCACUCUGACAGCAGCUCAGUCCACAACCCCUACUCAACAGUCAGCCACCUCCCAGACCACAGAAUCUCAGGGGACAACAGGAGCCCCAAUACCAACAGCCUCCUCUACCACUUUGACAACAGCUGAAUCCACAACCCCUACUCAACAGCCAGCCACCUCCCAAACCACAGGAUCUCAGGGGACAAUACCAACAGCCUCCUCUGCCAGUUCCUCUCCUCUGAGAACAAGUGAAUCCACAACUCCUACUCAACAGCCAGGCACCUCCCAGACCACAGAAUCUGAGGGGACAACAGGAGCCCCAAUACCAACAGCCUCCUCUGCCAUUCUGACAACAGCUGAAUCCACAACCCCUGCUCAACAGCCAGCCAGCUCCCAAACCACAGAAUCUCAGGGGACAACAGGAGUUCCAGUACCAACAGCCUCCUCUGCGAGCUCCUCUCCUCUGACAACAGCUGAAUCCACAACCCCUACUCAACAGCCAGUCACCUCCCAGAUCACAGAAUCUCAGGGGACAACAGGAGCCCCAACACCAAUAGCCUCUUCUGCCAGCUCCUCUUCUCUGACAACAGCUGAGUCCACAACCUCUGCUCCAGUGAUCACAACCGUAUCCCUCUCAAGGAGCACAGGUUCAACAGGAACUGAGACCCUUUUCUCUACUACAGGCAGUAUUGUUACAGAGUCACCUACUGUGCAAACAUCACCCACUCGCUGGAGCCUUGUCAGCAUUCCUGGAUCGACAACACAAACUUCUCCUGCUGUUUCCAAGCCAUGGACAGAGAACACCAUUUCUGAGAUAUCCACUAGUCAACAGCCAGGAACCUCCCAGGCCACAGAAACUCAUGGAACCAUACCAACAUCAACACCAACACCAUCAGCCUCCACUCUCAGCUCCUCCACUCUGACAACAGCUGUAUCCACCACCCCUGCUCCGGGGAUCACAACAGUACCUCAGUCAGCGAUGGCUGAUUCAACUAUUCCUACCACUCUUGUGGUAGGAAUUUCCUCCACUCCAGGGAGUACUUCUCCAGAACCAUCUACUUCUGUUUUCAUCACAACUGUUGCUUCUUCCCCUUUCAGUCUCAGCUCCCCAACUGUGACAGCAGGAGCUUUUCCUGUGCACACUACCCUCACUACCACAGAAAGAAGCACCCUUUCCCAGACAGUAAGCACAAAUGCAACCCUCAAUGAGACAAUCCUUCCUGUAACAGUCCCUUCCUUGGAUCAUGAUCCAGUUAGUAGAACAUCUGUGCCCACCACUAAGAACCAGGUACCUGUAAGCACAACCACUCCCACAGUCCAUUCUGGGUCCGCUGCUCCGAUAGCACCCUUUGUGAGUUCUGCAAGCCCCCCAGGCAGCACACCUCACACCACACUUGUUGCAUCAGCAUCAUCCUUGUCCCAACCACCAACCAAGACAGCAGCAUUGACUUCCUCAGGACCUACCAUUGGUGAGAGUCCAGCACCAUCUUCACAGUCAACCAGUAGCUCUGCAUUCACAGAGAUUACUACUGCCACUCCAGGACUGCCAUCCAGCCCUCCUAGCUCUACAUUAAGUACAUCAAGUACCAUCACUGAUUCAGUCACCUCCACACAGUUCCCCAUUAUGUUGACCUCUGGAGCCACUGUCAUUGCAAACCAGACUCUUCCAUCCACAAGUCAUAUCACUACUCCACCUGUUGGGAUCACAUCCAAACCUAGCACUCUCCAGUCUAGCACAACCAUCCAGAUGACUUCUGAGAAUGCUACAGCCUCCGUAGCUUCAGGUAUUCCACUCUUCCCCUACAGACAAGACCAAAGAUAUGUCAGUAUGAGAGUGGACUUUACUGUAGGAGUCUUCAGGCCUCAGAUUGGAUUCCCCUUUGGUUCCAAGGUCCGGGAUUUCCUCUAUUUUACAGACAAUGGCCAGAUCAUCUUCCCACCCUCAGAAUUUGAUAUUUUCUUCUACCCGAACCCACCUCCAAGGGGCUUUACAGCCAACUACAGUUUGGCCACAGUGGCUGCAUUUUGGGAUGAUGCUGACUUUUCCAGUGGUCGAGGAGAAAUAUAUUACCAGGAAUACAAUACAUUCUAUGGGGAAAAAAACACAUUCCUGAAAGAAGUAGAGUCUCAGAUUCUAAAAUCUACUGGAAUCCAGUAUGAGGCCAGAUGGACCCUGAAGAUCACAUGGGUUAAAGCUCCUCCAUACCCAGCCCAAAGAAUAUCUGGGGACAACACCUUCCAGACCAUCCUCACGACUGAUGGGAGCCGCUCUUUUGCCCUGAUCCUUUACCAAAAUGGUGGGAUGCAGUGGGCUGUGCCCCCACCCUCAGCAGCUGAUGUUCUCAUAGGCUUCUCCAGUGGAGAUGGAUUUUUCUUCAAUGAUCCCCUGACCUCAAUGUCCCCAGAGGAGAAAUAUCGUCCAGAUCGGGUCAAAGGUUCUGAAACAGGCUACAGGGGUUUUCAAAUAUACAAGUUACAAAGAGAGUGGGAAAUCCGACCAAACUACCGCUUGAAGUGUCUGCAGUGGCUGAAGCAAAACUCAAUGAGUGGAUGGAACUGGAACCUGUUUUGUCCUUGCUCCUGGCAGCAGGGACUAUGGGACCUGAGAUUUCAGCCAAUUAGAACAGGCUGGACCAACAGAAGGAAGCUCUGCAGCUUUUCUUCCUGGCGAGGAAGCGUCUGCUGUGUGUAUGGUAACUGGGGAGAGCUUCGUGGCGGCUGGAGUGUCCGGAACCCUUGGGACUUUGACCAAGAAGAGGAGGCUCAAGACUGGUGCUGCCGGUGGAACGACAAGCCAUUCUUGUGUUACCUGUACCAGCAGAAGAGGCCUCCUGUCAGCUGUAUAGGGUAUAGGCCACCUCGACCUGCCUGGAUGUUUGGAGAUCCCCAUAUCACUACCUUGGACGGUGCCAACUAUACCUUCAAUGGAUUGGGAGACUUUAAGCUGGUUCAAGCCCAAGAUGGAAACUCCUCCUUCCUGCUGCAUGGACGAACAGGCAAGAUGGAGUCAGCCCAAGCAACCAAAUUCGUUGCCUUUGCUGCUCGCUACCAGUCCAAACUCGUAAACAACACAGUUUACUGGUUUCUUGAACCUAAUGAUACCAUCCAGGUUCAACUCAAUAAACAGAAUGUGACUUUUACCACCCAUAUCAACUUUUCAGAAGAUAUGAAGAUAUACAAUUCCUCUGGAGUUUUGUUGAUUCAAAAUGGCUCUCUGAUAUCUGCCAACUUCGAUGGGACCGUGGUAGUCUCUGUGCAGGCACUGACCAACAUUCUGCAGGCUGUUAUCAGCCUGCCAGAAGAGUAUCAAAACCACACUGAGGGCCUUCUGGGGGUCUGGAAUAACAAUAUCUUUGAUGACUUCAAGAUGCCCAAUGGUUCCUCCAUUCCCUAUAACAGCUCUGAAAAGGAGUUUUUUCACUAUGGAAUGACCUGGGAUGUCAGCGGAAAGAGCCUUUUUGAUAACAAACAUGAUAAUCUGAGCAGCAACUUCACUCCCAUCUUUCUGUACGAAUUGACAAACAAGCCCCUCUAUAAAAAUUGGACUUUUCUGUGUAACAAUAGUGAACAAUGUCUUUAUGAUGCCCUGGUCACAGGGAAUCUCAGUAUUGGGAAGACCACCAGCACCAUCGCUAGAAACUUCCGGAGCAUGAAUGGCACCCUCAACCAGUUCCCGCCCCUCAUUGAUGGUGAGACCUUGAUCCAUGCCUACAUGGGGAAGACCCAGAGAUUGAUAUAUCGAAGCAAUGACCCAGGAGCCAUCUUUCACCUCAGCCAAAACUCUUCUGACAUCAUCUUCAUGGGAAAUGGAACAUUGCUGUGGACUCCACAAUCCUUUGACCCUUUUAACCUUGAGCUCCUGGUGAGGAAUGCAGAAGGCUUGUCUUCUGUUCUACAGCCCGAGACUGUGCUCUGCAACUGCUCAAAUGAGAACCAGUGUAACUACAGUGACAGCAGCAGGUUGCACAACUCGUCCCUUCAGGUGGCGGCUUGUAAAUGUAACCAGGAAACUUUUGGCCUUUUCUGUGAACGCCGGCUUGACCACUGUGUUGAGCGCUGUUACCCUGGUGUCCCCUGUGAUCCAAUAAAGGGGUGUGACGCCUGCCCUAAGAACAUGACAGGAGAUGGGAGACAUUGUGCAAGCUGUGAGACUUUAGAGUGCCCCCGGGGACAUUGCUACAAUGAUGGAAAGUGCUUUGUCUCCUCCACCUGCCAAGUCACCUGUCUCUGCCCCCCAGCUUUUGUUGAUGACCGAUGCUACAUAGCUGGGAACUCCUUUACACCAACCAUGCUUACAGAUGUUCCUCUGAGAAUCAUCCAGCUCUUCCUCAGUGAAAAUGAAAUGGCUACCCCAGAAGACGUCAAUGCCACGGUCACUCAUAAGCUGAAAUUCCUAGAAGGUCGGGCCUUUCUGAAGAUCAGCCAGGUUACAAAAAUCAAUACCAAUGGUCUGGUUCAGAAGUGGAAUGUGACUGCAGAAUUCCAGUACCUCCCUGGGGGCUCCGUGAUUGAUUUCCUGAACAAUAGGCUGGUGGAAGCAGUCCGGGAGCACCUCUGGAAAUGGGAUACACUCUCAGGGAUUUCGAAUCCACGGAAAAAUGUGUCCUUUUUCCCUGUUACAGCGAAAGAUAUCAUCGAUGUAAAAUUACUUGAAGUGAAUGACCUGAAGAAGUACUUCAUCUGCAAUGACACUUACCCUGGUUACCACCUUGUUUACAAUGACAAAACUGGCUUCUCCUGUGUGUCUCCCUGUUCUGAGAGCUACUGUAAGCAUGGAGGCCUGUGUCAACACCUGCCUAGUGGGCCAAAAUGCAGCUGUGGUCCCUAUUCCAUCUAUUCCCCAUCAGGAGAACGCUGUGAGCAUUUGGGCAUAAGCCUCGGUGCUUUCUUAGGGAUCCUGUUUGGAGCACUGGGUGCCCUCCUUCUGUUGGGGGUUGGAACCUUGCUGAUUCUUCGAUACUGGCGAAACUCAGGGAGAUGGUACACCAUCAGUGAUUCUGAGAGGUGAAAAACCUACGGACAAAGGAGAGCCAGCUGUAGCCAUGCCCCCUCCACCUUUACCUUUACAGCUCUAUGCUCUGGUGCUUUGGGAAGACAGUCAUUGGAAAUGUUUCAGGAUUUUUCAGGGAGGAUGCUUAAUGAACAAGAGAUUAAACUGGGACAACACACCAUAUCAGUAUACACACAGGGAGGCAAGCCACAAAGAGACACCCCCAUGUGUGUAUACCCAACAGGACUCAUUUGGGGAUAAUGGGCCAAUGCACUUUGGAUGAUAUUUUGCACAUGAGACUCUUUGGAUUUACCUCU